AUGAAGCAUUCCACGUCGGUGUCGGUGGCGGGCUUUGUGAUAACAGUGCUGAUUCUCAUUCGCCUGUUAUUAGGGGGAAACAGCGUUGUCCGAUGGGCGUGGCCACCUAUAAUCGUGUUUAACUCUUACGUGCCAUCGUUCGAUCAAGUUCCCAAUGUUCAGUAUUAUGACCUCCGAAACUACGCAGGUAAAGCCGACGGCUGGCAGAGAGGCGACCGCGUGUUGUUUACGGUGCCCCUCAGAGACGCAGCUGAACAUUUGCCCAUGUUCUUCGAUCAUAUGGCUCAAACAUCCUAUCCGCACAACUUGAUUGACCUUUCUUUUCUCGUGAGUGACAGUUCAGAUGACACCAUGGGUGUUCUUUUGGCGCAUUUGCAGAGGGCCCAGUCGCAACCGGACCGCAGCAAACGGUUCGGAAAUAUCGAAAUCUAUGAGAAGGACUUUGGCCAGAUUAUCGGGCAAUCUUUCUCCGACAGACACGGUUUUGCUGCGCAAGGUCCAAGAAGAAAGUUGAUGGGUCGUGCCCGUAAUUGGCUGGGUUCCGUAGCUCUCAAACCGUAUCACUCGUGGGUUUAUUGGCGUGACGUGGACGUUCAAACGAUCCCACGCACGAUCUUGGAGGACCUGAUGCACCAUGACAAAGACGUGAUUGUUCCCAACGUGUGGCGUCCAUUGCCAGACUGGCUCGGCAAUAUCCAACCUUACGAUUUGAACUCGUGGCAAGAAUCUGAGGGUGGUUUGCUAUUAGCCGAGUCGCUUGACGAGGAUGCUGUGAUUGUGGAGGGUUAUCCUGAAUACGCGACAUGGCGUCCACAUUUGGCAUAUAUGCGUGACCCGUCAGGGAACCCUGAAGAAGAAAUGGAGCUGGAUGGUAUCGGAGGUGUGUCAAUUCUGAGCAAAGCCAAAGUUUUCCGCGCUGGUUCGCAUUUCCCAGCUUUUUCCUUUGAGAAGCAUGCCGAAACGGAGGCUUUUGGAAAACUUUCCCGCAGACUCGGUUACAGCGUCAUUGGGCUGCCGCACUACGUGAUUUGGCACAUAUACGAGCCUUCUUCGGAUGAUCUUAAGCAUAUGGCCUGGAUGGCCGAAGAGGAGAAGCGCAAAUUGGAGGAGAAUAAAAUUCGCGAAUUUUAUGAUCGCGUCUGGCAGGUGGCUUUCGACGAUGUUCGCGACGAAUGGGAUACGGAGAGACUACAAGUUAUGAAAAAUAUCGAUCCAAACGUCAUGGAUCGUCGCAUCACCGUCGAUUGGGACGAUAUAGAUGACGAAUACCCAGAAGAUGGCAAGCUGGCACAAGGUGAGGAUUCCCUAUUAGAAGCCGAUGAUGGAGACGACGGGGAUGGCAAGUCUCAGAAGACUAAGCCUCAAGAGAAAGACAACAAAGACACUAAGAACUCAGAUGACAAAGAUGCAGAAGAGGGGAAGGGUGAAGAUACGAAAAAUCGUCCCGAUGAAGUGGAACAGCUAGAGUUUGAUCCUGAUCGCUAA